UAAACAUUGGCGCAACAAUCGAAAGGCGUAAAGAUGGAAUUGUCUUUGAAAAUUUAGCUUGGCAAACAGAGUAAAAAUGGGCAUUGAUGUUACAGGCAUGGUUUUUCUUGGACGACUAUGCAGGCAAAUAUAUAGCUCCAUGUAGAGAGGAGAGCCUUGCUGUACCGCAUUUUGAAGCGAAAAACCCCAUCAUGCUAGUUGCAAGACUAGCCACAACGCUGGCUCUAUUACGAACAACCGCCUGGGGUAUACCAGCCACUUCAGAUGCCCAAGCGCAAAUGGUGAUUCCUACCCUCGAUCGACCAUUCCAUAUACCCAUGCUGUCACCGGUGAUGGACGAUCAUCAGGGACGGCUACGACAUUUGAAUGAGACUGGCGAAUUGAGACCACCAAGACUGAAACGACGACAAAUUGUUGAGGAUGAGUUGGCGUACGAUCCCGACAUUCUCUUUGCGUAUUUCGGACAAGUCAAGCUCGGCACACCUGCCCAAACCUUCACAGCCAUGUUUGAUACCGGCUCCUACCAAUUCUGGGUCCGAUCAAAGCUAUGCACCGUGCAAGCAUGUCAAGGGCAUCCAAAAUACGAUGGGGACCUCUCUUCCUCUUACGUCUCCACAAACACGAAAGCCGAUCUAAUUACGUACGCUGAUGGAACUAAAGUACAAGGCGUGUACGCUAAGGAAAAAGUUUCAGUAGGCAGCGUAGCUGUUCAAGGUCUAACUUUUGAGGAGGUCACUGACACGAAUGAAAGUUUGGGGGCUGCGUACGAUUCUAUCAUGGGGAUGUGUUGGCCACCUGUGGACAAACCUAAAAGUUGGUUUCAAACGCUCGUCCAAAAUGGUGGAGUAACAUCCCCAGUGAUGGGAUGGGUAAUCGAUAGUACAAACACAGAUGGUUCCAUAACCCUGGGAGGAGUAGAUUCAGCUCGUUUCACGGGAACUCUCCAAUGGGUCCCGAGCUUUGGUUUUGCAAGCAACGGAGGAGGCGGUGGCCCGUUCAUUUAUUUCCAAGGAUUGACCGUCGCAGGGUCUGUUACAAUGGGCAACACCACUACACCUCUCAGUUGGUCACAAGGUCAUUUUCUCUCCGUCUUUGAUACUGGCACUUCCAUGUCGGUGGUACCCACCAAAGUGGCCGCCGAUAUCCACGCCCAAUUUCCAGCCUUUUCCAUCGAUCCAUCUCGGCCGGGUGGAAAAUAUUAUACUGGAUGGUGUGAUCUCAACACACUAGGAAAUGUGACCUUGUCGUUUGUUGGAGAAGAAGGGCUCGUCAGUCUAACCCUAGAACCUCACGAGUGGGUGCUAUAUAUACCGAAAAAUAACCAGCCCAACUAUUGUCUCUCGAUUUUCGUUGGGAACGAUGCUGUCGCUCAGAAAGUGACUGUGAAUGGUCCGCUCAUUGCGGGAAUUCUGGGCAACAGUCUUCUCCGAAAGUUUUACACUGUAUUUGACUGGGGGAAGAAUCGAACGGGAUUCGCGCUCGCCGUCCGGACACCGAACGUGCAAGCCCAGCUUAUUGGAUUGAAUUCGUCGACUGAAACGGGAACCGGGACUGCUACAACUGGCAGUAAGAGUCCCUUUCAAGCAUGGAUUCCUACUACUGAUACAAGUGGAACCGGCUCAGGUGGUUUUGGGAUAGACGCCGCGACGGUUGCGCGCUACGCCAAAGUUGGCGCUCCUUCCCUUGCUACCUUAGGAACCGGUUUCCUUGCAUCUUUAAUGAUCAUGUUUUAGUUUGUCACUCGUACUGUUGUAGUUAUUUCAUUUUGGGAAGAUCUUUAUAUUCAUUGCUUAUGCGCCUAUAGAGAACUACCAGCAACGGGCAUCCUCGCCUGCCUCCAAUAAGUUUCCGACCUAGGUGUGCAGCACUAUUUGUAGUAACCAAAUUGUAAUACUGGAGCCGACCUAUAGAACGCUA